UAUUCAAGUCCACGGUGUGUUCGAAGAGGAGUUAACAGUUUAUAUGCGAUAGAUAAUACAUUGUUAACGAUUUCUCUGAACGCAAAAACAUAUCUGAGGCUGAUCGGAUCCUUGCUUUUGCCUCACUCCUGGAGCUUUGUGCAUCCAGUAAAGGACUACUUAUACCGAUGAACGUAUGUCAGCCGGCACAACUUUGGCGUGGGACUGAGCCAUAACCUCUGUCUUGGACCAUGUCAUAUUCACAGUUUGGCUAUUCAUACACAACUACACCGCAGCUGCUGGUGGCCACCAAUACCCUGAGCACCUAUUGCGAGUCCAGCGGUAGGUCCCUGAUGGAGCCUAGUCUGGCGACUUCCCCGCAGAGCUCGCUGUACUGUCCCGUGUACGAAAGCAGGCUUCUGGCCUCGGCUCGACACGACUUAAACCCUGCCACCGCCAUUGGGGUGUACGGGAGUCCUUACAGCAAAAGCCAGGGUUACGGGACGUACACAUCAUGUGGAAGCGACGCCACUGCCCUGUAUUCCCUGGGAAAACUGGAUGGAAAAGAGGCAGCAACAGCACAUUCAGGUGUUGCGCAAAGUGCGUAUUAUCAAUAUGACCACACCUUUGGACAGUAUCAGUACGACAGAUAUGCAUCUGUGGACGUGGCCACAAGGAGGAAGAACGCUACCCGAGAGACUACAAGCACUCUGAAAGCCUGGCUGCAGGAGCACAAGAAGAACCCUUAUCCCACCAAGGGAGAGAAGAUCAUGCUGGCCAUCAUCACGAGGAUGACCCUUACCCAAGUGUCCACCUGGUUCGCCAACGCGCGCAGGAGACUGAAGAAGGAGAACAAGAUGACCUGGUCCCCGCGCACGAAGAACUCCGACGACAAAGGCUGUGAUGACGACAGUGACGACGCAGAGGGAUCGCAACCGGAACCAAUCAAAUCCGUGAAGGAAUUCAAUGAUAAUCGGAUCGGGGUGGACACCGACCUUGCACAAAGUGAUUUGGAAGACUUUGAUCUCACCGAGUCGGAUGGCUCCGAGUGCGAGCCCAAACGUCAAUUUCACGUGAUCACCCACUCGCAGGGACGUUCAAAUGAUCGUAUUGAAGAGGCGCCAGCAAGUGCGUCCAUGCCUGAAUCCUUUGAUGGAAACGAUGGCUUUCAUAAAGACUGUGCCAGAUCACUCGCACAAGCCAGCGAAACAACAAAGCUAUUCUAUCAACAAGACCAGCCAAGAUCAGAGCCCAAACCUAAAAUCUGGUCCCUGGCACAGACAGCCAUUUCUUUAAACCAAACAGAGUACCCAUCUUGUAUGCACAGAUGCCAACCGACCAAUCCUCCUUCUCCAGGUGGUCCUCCAGUCCUGGGUGUGGCAGAUAGACCGCAGGACUCCCCUGUCGCUACACUCAGGAACUGGGUCGACGGUGUCUUUCACGAUCCUUUAUUUCGACAGAGCACUUUGAAUCAGACUUCAUCACACUCCAGCUUGUGGAGUGGAACAGGUCUUGCACAGGAUAGUUCACUCGGGAACGUUACUGCUACACAGCUCACUUAAAGAAAAGAACAACUUGUUUCCCUUUUUGUAAAGAUGCGGCUUUGUGUUGUCUAUUAGGCCUAUAGGCCUACAUCGUGACUGAAAGGUUCCUGACUCUGCAGAAAUAUGAACAAUUAUUGUUUGAAGAGACAAAAUUAAGGAUGAGGAUAAGUUUUGGAUAAGAGUUUACCAAGAUUUUUUAUUGUGCUUCCUUUGCUUUGCAGGACACGUUCUCACUUUUUGAUUGGAGGCAUGUGGACACAGACUCCCAAAUGUAAAACGUGUAUUGUUUCCCUGCCAUCAUUGCUGUAGUACACAAGAGCACACAUGUUACAAACAUUGCGUCUUGUUAACAGAUCACUGAAAUAAAAGGUCGCUGAGAAGAAAAAAACUUGUAGGUCUAAUGUGUGAUUGAA